UUGGACUGAACGAGGCUGAGUUAGGAGGAAGUGAUCCUUUGACUCACAUGACAGUCAGCUGAUUUACCCCACGUGACUUGGACUUUACGGAAAAGAUUACCGACGAAGAUGGCCCGAUCGGAGUCGUCGAGGAAAAUGACUACUACAGUGGCCUUUAUUGCUAUUUCAUUUACCAUGUUUUCGACUGGAAGUUGCAGCAGUCAAGUACCGCUUGUAAUGUGGUCCAGUGAAGGGCAUAUUCUGCCACCCCUGGCAUCUCCAGCUGCUGGUCACCUAGUAUCUAAUGUUGAGCUGAUGUCCUACUUAAACUCCGUUCUAGAGUCUGCCCCUCAAAACGUGCUGCUCUUCCUACAGGACAAGCUGAGCAAAGAUGACUUUACAAGGUAUGGGGGAGUGUUUGGAAACAAACAAGAGAGUGCAUUUCCCAAUCUGGAGUCUGCAUUACAGUCUUCCUCUUCACCUUUGGUGCUGCCUGCCCUGUCUUGGCAUGGUGCAAGUGCUGUCCCAGGUCUGCUACAGGAGAAGCUUGGUGUAUCACCGAUCAGUAUAGACGCAGACACGCUGGAGCAUGUCCACCUCAACGCAUCGGGCAACACUCUGCUGGUUUUCAACCUUCCUUAUUCUUCUGGUGCUUACCUGUCCUGUAAGGAUGUUCUGCGUAAUAAUGAUGAGAUCAUUGGUAGGGUUCUGAACAUCAUGAAAACCCAGGGUGUUCCCUACACCGCCAUAUACACUGGACGGAUGCCCUCACGAGUUAUUGAGGCGGCGUCCCUGAUAGGCCAGUCUUCCAUGAGUCGUUCCUUGCUGCAGACAGUUGUAAAUGAGGUCAACCCUCCUCUGAUGUUCAAUGGUACUAGUGGCCCUUGCAUCAUGCUCUGGGCCCAGAAUCUCAGAGUCAGCUUCAGUGACCAGGCUUGGACUGACCUCGGUCCUCUAACAUCCGCUAACGUCAGCACGGCUGGGUCUUUCUGUAAUGAAACCAACUCAAAGCUUGUCGUUGAUUAUGGGACUUCUUUUCCACCUUACAAUCCCUUUCGUCUCAUCUUCUCCAUGAGCCAGCGGCGCUACCCUGUGUCGGCACGGAAUUGGUUCAGCUUGGACACUCUGGAGUUGGAAUUCAACACUUCAAUAGUUACCUACAACGGCAGCCGUGGAAUCUAUGCCCCAGCAGAGUACUCCUUCCACUGCCAAAAUGUCAACAACUUCCAGAAUGCACUUCUGGUGCCCAGUGCUCAGAACGCCACCCAGUGGAGAAUCCUCUUCACUGACUUCCAGAUCCAAGGGUUCGGUAUACUAAACGGGACAACCAAUUUCUCCUAUGCCAGUGACUGUGCUAGCUUCUUCACGCCAGGGAUCUGGAUGGGCCUGAUCACCUCUCUGCUGAUGGUUCUGAUCCUUACCUAUGGCCUGCACAUGAUCAUGCAGCUGCGCUCCAUGGACCGGUUCGACGACCCAAAAGGCCCCUCGAUCUCAGUGCCUCAGUCAGACUGAUGGAGUAAUGAAGACCUAGCCUGGUUCCACCUGUGUUUGUGCUGUCUGCCCUACUUCAUGGUCACUUGUGCGUCUGGCCAUAGACGCUGGAACCCCCAUGUUCCAUCCACUUGGGUUCUCCCAUGACUUGUUCAAUGGAUUCCAUUGUCGAUUGCAUAUUUGCUUUAGUCACCCGUAGCCUUUAUUGUCGUGUUUGUCUGUUUUUAAAUGGUACAUUCCAUUACCUCUCCUCAUCUGCACUUGCCUAAAGGAAACACUGCAUAGUAUACUGUAAAUACUCCUGUUAGGCCUUGAUACCUUCUCAGAUCACGCAUGUGCCAAUCAAAGAGGUUUGUUUGUACAAGUAAUACAGAUGUUUAUGUGACUGA